AUGCCAAGUUUGUUCAAGCAGGGAGAAAUAAUGAUCGGAGGGAUCUUCCCGGUUUUCAACAAAGAAAUUACCAGCGCUUCCACGUUCAAAAGGGAGCCACCUGGAGUGAAGUGUGCAGGCUUUGACCUGCGAGCUUUUCGAUGGACCCAAGUGAUGAUAUUUGCAAUUGAAGAAAUCAACAAAGACUCUGCUCUCCUGCCAAACAUAUCUCUUGGCUACAGAAUCCUUAACUCUUGUGCAUCUCCUACAAAUACUUUACGUGCUGCAUUAACACUGGCUAGUGGACCAGAGGACAUAAAAUUGACUUCCCCAUGUCCUCCAGCUGUAUCUGCCCUCAUAGCAGAGUCAGGAUCAUCUCAGUCCUUGGCUGUGGCUGGAGCUCUUGGACCAUUUCAAGUACCAAUAGUAAGUUACUUCUCAACAUGUGCCUGCCUGAGUGACAGAGCUAAAUACCCUACGUUUUUUCGGACAAUCCCCAGCGACUACUUCCAGGCAAAAGCUUUGGCAGCACUGGUCAAACGUUUUGGCUGGCAGUGGAUCGGGACCAUACAGUCAGACAAUGACUAUGGUCGGAACGGGGUCCUGGCUUUCAGUGAAGAGGUUAAAAAGCUUGGGGUUUGUAUUGCAUUUGUUGGCACAGUUCUACGUACGUACCCUGUGGACAAAAUUCUGGAUGUUGUGGAAAUGAUCAAACACUCAACUGUCAAAGUUAUUCUGGCUUUUGUUCCUGAGGGUGACUUUUAUCCGUUGAUGACAGAGGUAGUAAAACAAAACAUCACUGGAAUUCAGUGGAUUGCUAGUGAGGCCUGGAUAACAGCACCACGACCCUCCACACCUGAAAUCUACCAAGCUUUUGGUGGAGCCCUUGGAUUUGUGGUGAAGAAGAUGGCCAUCCCAAAUCUAAAAGCAUUUCUUACAGACAUCAGCCCUUACAGAGAUCCAAGUGCAGCCUUUGUGAGGGAUUUCUGGGAGAUCAUGGUGGGCUGUAGACCUGUGUUACCCAGGGAAAACACAGAUGCUGAGGCAACAAUUAAAACAUGCACAGGCAACGAGACGUUGAUAAAUUCCCAGGAUGUGUUCUUCAAUGUCACACAGCUCAGAGUGGCCUAUAAUGUAUAUACAGCAGUUUAUGCCAUUGCACAUGCUCUGCAUCAACUGGUAUUCUGCCAACCAGCUGGAGAAAAACCAGUGAGGCCGUGUUUGAAUAUAUCAGAAAUUCAGCCCAAAGAGGUCACUGCUCACUUACAAAGAGUAAAUUUCAGAAAUCAGUUUGGAGAUAAUGUGUUCUUUGAUGAGAAUGGUGACCCUCCUGCAUCUUAUGACAUUAUUAACUGGCAGCUCAGAGACGGGCAGUUACAGCAUGUGACAGUGGGUCAUUAUGCAUCUGCUGCUAAUGGUGAUUAUAAGCUCAGCAUCCAGGAGGAAGAGAUAGUGUGGAGGACGGGGAAAAUGGUUCCAUCAUCAGUGUGCUCCAACGUUUGCCCAGUAGGAACAAGGAAAGCUCAGAUUAAAGGAAAACCCACCUGCUGUUUUGACUGUAUCCCAUGUGCUGAUGGAACUAUAGCCAACUCAACAGGUGCAUCAGACUGCACACCAUGUCCACAGGAAUACUGGUCUAAUGAGAGGAAAGACGAGUGUAUUCCCAAAACAAUUGAAUUCCUGAGCUAUCACGAGCCAAUGGGAAUAACUAUCACAGUGGUAUCUCUGUUAGGGGCCUUCCUGUCACUGGCCACAAUGAUGGUUUUUAUCCAGUACAGAGAAACCCCAGUGAUAAAGGCCAGCAACUCUGAGCUAAGCUGCUUCCUGUUGUUUUCUCUUUUUCUGUGUUUUCUCUGUCCCCUCACUUUCAUCGGCAGACCCACAGUCUGGACAUGUAUGCUCCGUCACACCGCUUUUGGCGUGACAUUUGCACUUUGUAUUUCCUGCGUCUUGGGAAAAACGAUUGUUGUUAUUACAGCUUUCAGAGCCACAUUUCCAGGCAACAAAGUGGCGGCAAAGUUUGGUCCUGCACAGCAAAGAAUCAUAGUUUGUUCCUGCACUUUUGUUCAGAUUGUGAUAUGCAUAUUGUGGCUUAAAUUAAAUCCCCCUUUCCCAGACAUGGUUUUCAGAUACAGCAAUAAGAAAAUCGUCUUAGAAUGUAACACAGGCUCUGAGGCUCUUUUCUACGCAGUGCUGGGGUACAUAGGGUUCCUGGCAAUCAUUUGUCUGGUCCUGGCGUUUCUAGCAAGAAAGCUGCCUGAUAACUUUAAUGAAGCCAAAUUUAUCACCUUCAGCAUGUUGAUAUUCUGUGCAGUGUGGAUCACCUUCAUCCCAGCGUAUGUCAGCUCUCCUGGAAAGUUCACUGUAGCUGUGGAAAUAUUUGCAAUUUUGUCUUCAGCGUUUGGCUUAUUGAUUUGUAUCUUUGCACCUAAAUGCUACAUAAUACUGAUCAAACCUGAGAAAAAUACCAAGAAACAUGUUAUGGCAAAGAAAUUGGUACAAGAAAUAUGA